AUGCGUUUCGUGACAAUAACCCCGGACAUGUCGGAGGGAGUCCUGCAGCACCUCCGGGACAGUUUCUUCGCAGACGAGCCCCUGAACAAGGCUGUGGGGCUCUGUGAAAGGGGGCAGCCCCACGCGGCCCUAGAGAGACUUUGUACUGCCACCAUGGCUGAUGGGAUGUCCAUUGCUGUUGUGGAAGGUGACGUGGUCCUUGGUGUGGCGCUGAACGGGAUCUUAUGACCAGGAGACAUCGAGCAGUCAAUCGAGAAAAUUCAGCAGUCUUCCGAUGAGAAGUACAAUAAGAUCUUCACCAUACUCUACACUGUCAGCCGAGAUCUGGAUUUGUUCGGGACCUAUGAAGUGGACAAGAUUCUGGAGUGCAGGAUCAUAUCUGUAUCAGAACAGGCCAGGGGAAGGGGACUGGCCAAAGAACUUAUGAGGAGAAGCAUAGAAACGGCCGUUCAGAAAGGUUUCAAGCUAUUCAAAGUGGACGCGACCGGCUGCUUCUCCCAAAGGAUCUGCAGCAGCCUUGGUCUCCGGGAGCUGCGCAAGAUCCGCUAUGCCGAGUACUGCGACGACGCCGGGCACCCUAUUUUCAAAGUGGACCCUCCUCAUGACGCGCUUUCCGUCAUGGUCUUAGAGAUUCCUUAG